ACACAGCGAAAAUGCAAGUGACGAAAUUUUUUACCAAAUUGAAUAUUUUCAAAAUUGAAUAUAUUCGGACUUCCAGCUUAAAAUUUUAUGAUGAUAUUAAUUGCUAGCUGCGGCCUCUGCAUACUUGCAUAUUGCAGUCGGAUCUUAUUUUGAUCGUUAAAAUUGGAACGACUUUUGUGAUCUUAUCAAGAGCAGUAAUUCGUUUGCCAUACAUUCGUUUGCUGUAUGGUUUGUUUCAGUCUUCCCCGAAGAUAUGUUGCAGAGUGUCGAUUCCAAUGUUCGGUUGGAAAAUGCUGUACGGUCGUUCAACAGGAAGCGUUUCGUAACCAACGAGAUCAGCCAUGAAGCGUGGAUCGAGGCGGUUAUCGACGAUUUAGCCUGUCGAAAUCCCGCGCAUCUUCGAGUAUUUAUUUACCAAGACCUGUCUGCUCGUUAUGACGUUGAAUCCGAGUUCUUGUUGAAUAUUUCCAAAUGGAAAGACUACUCGAAUACGUACGACUUGGCUUAUUCCGCCAGCAGUGCCAAGACUCAGAAUGCGGAUGCAUUCUUUCCACUAAACCUUAGUGAAGACAAAAUUUCCAUCAUCAGUACUAAAGAUGCCUUCGCGGACAUGUUGAAAACCGUCGCAUCCGUCGAAAUAUUUAGUUUCGAUGGAGAAUGGAAACCUGAUCUAACCGGCACCGAUUUCCUCGAGAGGAAAAACAUGAUAGCGACGCUGCAGAUUGCGACAGCAGAUCAAUGUUUUGUUUUGGAUGUUUUGGCUUUGCGACCGAUACUGUCUGAUGGUGAUUGGUGCGCGCUGGCGGAAUGUUUUCGUUCCGCAGCGAUUUGGAAAUUGGGAUUCGCUGUGCAUGGCGAUCUGGAAAAACUGGAAGAAUUUAGUGGAUUUGAGAAGCGUGGAGAUUUUCCGAACUUGUUGGAUUUAAAAGUUGUUUGUGGCAGGUUGGCUACCGCGCGUCCUGAGGUUUUUGGAAAACGAGUUAUCAACGACAUCCCACAAAAUCUGUCAGGUUUGAUUGAUGUUUUGUUUGGGAUGCCUUUGGACAAACGUGAGCAAAUGUCCAACUGGGAAAAGCGUCCACUCCGGCCCUCUCAAAUUCGCUACGCUGCACUGGACGCUAUUUGUCUGAUUGAGCUGUAUCAAACGCUAAAGCAGCGCUGUGAAGCCUUAAACAUAACUUUUCCACCGGAAGCCUUACCGAUUGACGAAGAACGUGUCGAAAUGGAGUUGGCUUCUUUCCCGUUGGUCAACCGCGAUGAAGCUGUUUCUGCACGAAAGGUGAAGCUUGCAUGCGACAAUCAUUUGAAAGGUUUGGGCCGGCGCCUUCGCAACGUCGGAAUUGAUACGAUGAUUGUGGAAGAUGGCCAGUCACAGCAGAGUUGCUACCGUGCUGUUGUUUCGGAUGAACGGUUUUUUCUCACUAGUCCUUCGAAGCAUAAACAAGCUAAGCGGCAUCUUCCACAAGGCCGAUGUUUCGCCAUAUCUAACAGCGUUACAUCUGUGCGGCAGUUGGAAUAUGCCAUAAAAAUGUUCAAUAUUUGCGUGGGCGCCGCCGACGUUUUCAGUCGAUGUUCGGCAUGCAACGCCGAUCGUUUUAUCCAUACCGAUGUGAAAGAAAUCCGAAAACUGAUGAUGAGUGGUUUAGGUGGUGAAAAGCAGUAUAAUUCUGUGCCGGAUGGGAAUGAGCUCCGAGAAGAAACAUCAGAAUCAGAAAUGCUAUUCAAGGAAUCGGAGCGGUUUACAGAACUGGUUGACAUCAAUUCCGCGGUGGAUUUUCGAACUGGUAUCAUUAAGGAAACCCAAAAGCAGGUUGAUUUGGGAUCGCUUGCUGAUCACAAACUGGAUCGCGCAAAAGAUUACUAUAUUUGUAUCAACUGCGGGAAAAUAUAUUGGCAUGGAAUUCACUUCAAACGAACACUGGCAUCGUUGGAAGCCAAUAAUAUUAUCCGGAGCACAUUAACCGUCAGUUGAAGGUAUUGCAUGAAUUGUUCCUUUGCUGUUUGCAGAUUUGUGGGUCGUUAGCCAUAACUCACUAACAGUUUUUAAUUUUUUAUGUUUGAAAAACUUGUUGUUGUGAUGAAACGUUCCGCUCAAAUUGAUGUGAUUUUUAAAUAUCUUUUUUGAGUUUUAUUUCUGUGACUAGUUUGUUACAAAGUAUAAGGAAAGCAGCAAGACUGCGAUAAACAGCUCAGACGCCUUGGAA